UAGCCUUGGAGAUUUGCUAUUAUCGGAUUUGGCAAUGACAGUUUGUGAAAUAUAGUAGUUUAUGCAAUCAUUUUAGACAUUGGCUUCGGGAAAGUCAACUCACGAAGAAUUGUAAAACCGUGGAAUGACAAAUUUUAAGAGACAAUAUAUUUUGAAGAGUAUCAUUUGUAGAGGAAAAGAUUUUACUUUUUAAAACUAAACGCAUUAACAACUUUAAAAUGGAGACAAUUGUGCUUGUAGAUGAAGUAACAGAACAACAAAAAAAUACUUUGGAAACAAUUAUCAUGGAUAUAAAAGAGAUCAUCAAUCGUCAUGAAAAAAACGGAGAGGAAUGUAGAAAAAAGGUGGAAUCUAUUGUCUCAUUGCUAGAUGAUUUGAAAAAAGAUGAAAAUAUUUUGGUCGGAAUUGUAAAUGAGACAUCUACAAAAGAGAAGUAUACAAAUAUUCUUUACAUUGCCAUCGAGAAUUACGUCCCACUGUUGGGGCCAUUCUUUGAGAGCUUGAUUGAAAGAUUCCCAAAGCUGAUCAGUCUUCCACGUAAGGACGAAGAAUACAAAGGCCACACCGCCUUCCACCUGGCAGUCUGCAAAAAUAACCUCGAGCUAGCCAAAAAAAUGCUUGAUAAGGUUGGGCGCGCUGAUAAAGAGGAAUUAUUCCGAGAAUUCGCGACAGGGAGCAACUUUGAGGAAACUGUGAUGCUCGGGGAAUUGCCUUUGUUCACUGCUGCCUUGUCGUUUAACAAAGAAAUGUUUGAAUUUUUGCUGAAUGAAGGGGCGGAUUUGUAUGAAACAAACUCAACGAAAGACGAUAUAUACCAUGCGCUUAUUAGGUAUGCGGACUACUAUCCGAACAAAGAAGACGAAGUCAUCGAAUUCCUAAGAUUGGUCAUGACUAAAGACGAAACAACACGGAAAGAAACCGAAGCCGUUGUUGGUGAAAAUGCAGAAACAACCAAUGACUCCUUAAAGGGAUCAAAAUCUACCGAUACGACCAAACUGGGAAACAAUCCAGCCAAAGACACCUCGAACGAACUUAAACAUGCAGAUCAAACCAAACAAGAAUACACAAACAAAGAACCAUCGAAGGUACCGAUGUCUGAAGAUAAAAGUAAACAAAAUAAAUACCCAACAAAAGACACGUCCAAAGAAAUGAAACCUGCUGACACAACCAAACAAGAAGAAUCAACCAAAGAAACGUCGAAAAAACUGAAACCCGGCUCACUCUGGAGUUGGAAAAACGAUUCGGGCCUGAACCCGUUAGAGCUAGCGACAAAGUUUGGUCUAUGUAAAACAUUUGAGAUGAUUUACAACUCGGAGCCGUACUUUAUUGAACAAGGCAACGAUGGACUGAACGACAUUAAGACGUAUGAUAUCACGGACUUGGACCCUGUCGUACCAAAAGAUGUUUGUUACCCUUCUGCAGAUUCAGGAUUCAUCCUGCAGUUCCUUUUCCAAAUUCACCCUUCGCAGGCGUUCCCAUUCAUCCGUACACCCCAGGUCAGCAAAAUUAUUGAGGAGAAAUGGAAAUGCUACCGGUGGAUUGUAUAUAUUUGGUUUAUUUUUCACUUAGUAUUCAUGAGCUUCCUCACGUGUUAUGCAAUUGAAAGAUCGAAACAGAAUCCCAAUGACGGUAAGAAUUUCAGUGUCGUUGCCAGCCCUUUGUUCAGGAAAAAAGUCUUUAGUAAUAAUUAUGUUACAGUUUUUGCAUUCAUUACCCUCGUUUGGGGGGUUCUUUACCUUUCGCCCGAAAUUGGAAAAAGGAUCAAAUUUGGCAUUCCUUGCAAAAGAAAAGGAAUCAGAUCGAAAACAAAUGAGAAGGGAAUUUUGCAAACCAUAAAGAAAUGGGGAAAAAAAAUAAUACCGAAUCCCUACAGUAAUGCAUCCUACAGAGUCUUAAUGGCGCUUUUUUCAAUCAGUCUAAUUUUAGAUUGUUGUUUUGCAUUGGGGGUCGGGAUAAAUUCAGAUUUCAAAUACGAACAGUACUGUUUAUACAUCUCAGUGAUUAUUGGAUGGCUGUUUGUUAUUUUCUUCCUGAGAAUUUCCAAGUAUUUCAGUUUCUUUGGCGUUCUUCUUCAAAAGGUGAUUUUCGGCGAUGUUCUUCGGUUUAUACUCGUAUUUCUCCUUGUAAUUCUUGGAUUCGGGACGGCGAUGUUUAUGGCAAUUCAGGGUUCGCCUGUUACAGAUAAAAAAGAGUAUUGCACCUUUGGCAGAACAUUGAUCUCAUUGAUAACUCUGAUAGCUGGAAUAGGUGACCCGCCAGAUUUUUACGAUACUAGACACCCCGGAAUAUGCAUCGCAAUCUUUAUAAUGUACAUCGUCAUGAUAACUAUAAUCAUUCUGAAUGCUCUGAUUGCUAUGAUGGGAACAACAUGCUCGGAACUGGUUGGAAACGUUGAAAACAAACAUACUCACGAUCGAUAUUGGAAAUUAGAACGUCUCUCCGUGAUCUUGUUCUUGGAAAGCAUUAUUCCUGAACAACGUAUAAAAAGGGUCGGGAAGGAGGUCAUUACGGGCAGAGAAAAGAGACGACAUCUGGAAAUACGUUCCUUAAAAAAAUUAGACAGCAACGAGAUCGUUGACAAAAGAGCAAAUACUCAUACAACUAAAGAAUUGCCAAGACAAAAAGAGCAUAAAAAUGCAAAGAUGGACAUUUAUCACAUCAACCAAUGUGAGCAUUAUAAACCAUACGAAUUCACUAGGUCUACUUGUAUUUGUCCCCAGGAUUCGACAAAUAAUUACUAAGACUUAUUCUGCCUCACUGCAGUUAUUUUACAGUUUAUCAUUUAUGCUCAAAUAAACAAAGUUUAUGUGCACAAAAUAGUUUCGUGUUUUGAAAGCUGCAUUUUAAUGUAGAGUGAAAUGAGUUACGAUAAUCGAAUUUUCAAUCCUUUCUUACAUAUUUGACUACCUUAAAAUUUCUUUUUAAAACAUAUAUCUAUAUGUUCGGUGUAAGAAUGUUUAAAAUCAAAAGGAGACAAGUUGAUAAAUGUUUUAUUAGAGAACUGGAUACAAACGUCUAAUGUGCAUGAAAAUUAAAAUAGCUAUAUAUAUAUAAUAUUAUGUUAAUGUAUAUCAGUACUGUAGAUUAGUUCCACAAAAUAACAUACAUAUUUAGAGUGUGUGAAUACAAUAUGCAUACAUCAAAAGACAUAUUUUCAAACAUAUAUAUAUAUAUAUAUAUGUUUGAAAAUCUACAGUUCAUUUUCAGCAGUCGAACAUAAAUCCAUCGCAACAUGUUUUGGGGUAAUAUGGAGUUGACUUAAUUUAACGAAAAAGUUUUUAUCAGAUUUGGUUAAAAGGGGCAUUUGAAUUUCUUUUUCAGAAAAAGUCUGUUGACAAUAUAACUAUCCUUUUUUAAAAAAAAAUGCACAAGGCUACUUAAUUAACAGUGUUUUGUGGGUUCUUUGCGAUAUAUUUUUAAAUAAGAAAAAUGUUCAAUAACUUUAUGAAAUAUAGUGGUUUAAAUUCCCUGGUAACAAAAAUGCAAAUAUCGGGUGGGGGAGGGGGUUAAAAAGUUGCAAUCACCACAAAGCCACAAUACAUUGUUGAUUGUCUAGUAUUGAUUAUUCAUUUUGUAUAAAGACAUUUCCGAAAUAAAAAUGCAUUGAAAAUCUUAUUAGAUUUUCUUUCGCAAAAUUUGCUCAACUCCAUGUACACCAUGUUGCAACGGCUGUGUAUUAUGCUAGCUAAAUAUUGAAACUCAAAGAACAAUAAAAAUGAUUUUUGUUUAAUUAUUUUUGUUUUGGUCCUUCAACAAAGCUCAUUCAGUAUAACUAUUUCAACAUCUUCUGAUUAGAUAAACAGUAUUUAUCCAAACUUCUCAUGUAAAAAUCAUUUAUAUUUUAGCCGCUUCUUUAUUGAUUGAUUUAAUGUUUUGAAGUUGUAUUCUUAUCGUUGUUACCUUACUGCCCGGUUGAUACCUGUGUGUGCCGCCCUACCGGUCCAUCUGUUCUGUCAGGGAGAUCCUUAGGUAAAUGGUCAGCGGUCCGACAUUGUGCUGUCAUCGAUUCGGCUGCCCUUUGUCAGUUUGGAUGACGUAGGGAUCUCCCGUUAACUAUAUACCCAGCGAUCAUUUUAGGGUCAACAGUUUGUCUUUGAUAUUGGAUAGCCCUUUUUGUCUGAGAGCACCCGUAAAUCUGAUUAGUAUUUAGUAAUCUAGUAUUUUGACCUUACUUAAAUUUCCAUUACUCGUUGUUUAAAUUAAGUAACGAAAUCAGUUGUUAAACCGGUAAAUAGUAAUUGUUUACCAACUAUGAAUUUAAAUAUGUUUAUUGUGUGAGAGCCCAUGCCAUUGUUGUUUGACAAUUAUACAUUGAUGUACAUAAUUCGACACUAGAAAACCGUACAUAAAGUUUGAUGAUAAAGAGUUAACUGUUCAUGGUGUUUUCACAUAUCCCUGGUUAGUUUGCCUUGACUUCAUAGGUUGUUACAUAUUAUGUAUUUGCUGUAUUCGUUUUGUUAUUAUUACAUUUUGCGUGAAUUUGUACUGUUUGGCUAUUCAUUAAACUUGAUUUUACGCUUUGCUUUGUCAGAAUGUUUGUGAUUUCUUGUGACAAUCAAACAAAUACGAACUUGCACUGAACAUUGACAAAGCAAAUGCCAACAUCUUCUCAUAAAUAUAUUCAAUUUUCGAGCAUUUUCUUUUGUGCAAAACAAUAACAGUAGAAUAAAAUUGCUCCAA